UGCGCUCUCUUUCCCAACGAAACCGCAGCGAAAGUUUUCUCUCUUCCCAGCAAAGGCAGACUCUCGCCAAGAACUAUUCGCGGCCUUGCGACCUCAACAACUACCUCCAUCCUGUGAAGGACAUUUUUCGUAGACGGUCCGACGACUGAGGGCAUUUUUGCAUUACAUACUACAAGCUUUCACGGCUCCCGAGCGUCGAGUAUAGUUUCAUUUGGUGAUAGCAAUGGCGAGAGCAUCUCUCUCGCGCCUUUUGAGCUUGAGCUGCUCACAAAAGCUCUCCAAACCCUAUGCUGCUACAGGCUUCAAUUCUUGUUGCCAUGGGAACUGGAAACAUUACUCUGCCAUUCGAAGGGGACACUCUAUUUUCAACACAGCUACGAAUGUGGAGAUUUCUCACAAGAGAUGGCAGACUUCACAAGCUGCAACUAUGGCUACAGUUAGAGAAAGUGAGAGCAAAAUAAGCAUAGGACCCCACCGCAAAGGUGAAGGCGUGGAAGAUGACACAGGUGUGGUCUAUUAUGGGCCCAUCUCAGGAACCAUCAAGAAAGUGAAGCUUCUCUCGCUCUCUACAUGCUGCCUAUCUGUCUCUCUCGGCCCUGUAAUCACGUUUCUAACUGCACCUGAAAUGAAUGUGAUCCUCAAAGGGGCAGUUGCUUCUUCCGUCAUAUUCCUCAGUGCCUCAACCACUGCAGCUCUUCAUUGGUUUGUUAGCCCUUAUGUUCACAAGCUCAAGUGGCAGCCUGGUUCUGACAGUUUUGAGGUAGAGAUGCUCUCAUGGCUAGCGACGCACAUACCAAGGACCAUUCGAUUUGCAGAUAUCAGGCCACCAGAGACUCAAAGACCUUUUGUGACAUUCAGGGCCAAUGGGUCCUUCUAUUUUGUUGAUGAGGAGCACUGCCGCAACAAGGCUCUCUUGGCAAGGCUCACUCCCACAAAACCAGCGCAGGAAUCGACUUUUAAGAAUUUGUGACUUCUAGAAUACCCUGUUCGUGUUAUUGUCUGCUUUUAUCUGGCUGAGUGCAGAUGUGACUAUACCUUUAUGUUUUUAUCGGAUAUUAGUGCAGGAAACCCAAUGGUUCAGUCCAAGAGAUCCAUAUAAUACAAAUAAUAUUUUGGAGGCAGUCCAUGUUUAUUUGUUA